ACGGGAAAAAAAAAAAAAAAGAAUGGUGAGCUUAGGCCCUCGGACGUUUUUCACUGACCGGAGGUCAAUUCGGGUGGCCUCGUGUCGCACAGCGGAGCUGAUCCUGAGCAGAGCCAGAAGGCGUCAGAGGCGGACGCCAUGGCAGCGACCUUCCGGGCUAGCGAACACCAGCAUAUUCGCUACAACCCGCUCCAGGAUGAGUGGGUGUUAGUGUCAGCCCAUCGCAUGAAGCGACCCUGGCAAGGACAGAUAGAGCCCCAGCUUCUGAAGACAGUGCCUCGCCAUGACCCACUCAAUCCUCUGUGUCCCGGGGCCACGCGAGCCAAUGGGGAGGUGAAUCCCCACUAUGAAGGCACCUUCCUGUUUGACAAUGACUUCCCAGCCCUGCAGCCCGAUGCUCCGGAUCCAGGGCCCAGUGACCAUCCUCUCUUCCGAGCGGAGGCCGCCAGAGGAGUUUGUAAGGUCAUGUGCUUUCACCCCUGGUCGGACGUGACGCUGCCACUCAUGUCCAUCCCUGAGAUCCGAGCUGUCAUCGAUUCAUGGGCCUCAGUCACAGAGGAGCUGGGUGUCCAGUACCCUUGGGUGCAGAUCUUUGAAAACAAAGGAGCUAUGAUGGGCUGCUCUAACCCCCACCCCCACUGCCAGGUUUGGGCCAGCAGCUUCCUGCCAGAUAUUGCCCAGCGUGAAGAUCGAUCCCAGCAGAGCUACCACAGCCAGCAUGGGGAGCCUUUAUUAUUGGAAUAUGGCCGCCAAGAGCUCCUUAGGAAGGAACGUCUGGUCCUAACCAGUGAGCACUGGAUAGUCCUGGUGCCCUUCUGGGCAGUGUGGCCUUUCCAGACACUGUUGUUGCCCCGGCGGCAGGUGCGGCGGCUGCCUGAGCUGACCCCUGCCGAGCGUGAUGAUCUAGCCUCCAUCAUGAAGAAGCUCUUGAGCAAGUAUGACAACCUGUUUGAGACAUCCUUUCCCUACUCCAUGGGCUGGCAUGGGGCUCCCACAGGAUUGAAGACUGACACCACCUGCUGCCACUGGCAGCUGCAUGCUCAUUACUACCCUCCACUCCUGCGCUCUGCUACAGUCCGGAAAUUCAUGGUUGGCUAUGAAAUGCUUGCUCAGGCGCAGCGGGACCUCACUCCUGAACAGGUCAAGCCUCAGAGCAUCCUGGCUCUUCAUAUCUCCUCUCACCUCAUUUCCUCAAGUGAUCUCAACAGUCAUGACCCUGAGAAGCCUCAUAAAAAUCUAGGCGUUGGCUGCAGAAAGACUAAGGGUGCUUCCUGAGGUACAUUAUAGCCUGGCACAGAAAGACAAGGAAACAGCAGGUGUCGACUGAUGGGGAUGAUAUCAGGGCCUUGCCUGACAGAACUGGGGCCUGGAAUUUGGACAGAUGUGACAUAAAUAAAACUGAAUCUCAGAUUUUAA